AUGGCCGACGCGCAGAGCAAAGCAGAGAAGCUCGCGGCGGCGCGCAAGAAGGCCGAGGAGCUCAAGAAGAAGAAGGCCGCCGGCGCAAAGGCCAAGAAAGACAAGGCCCCUGCAGAUAAGAAGGAAGACGAGCCCACAGCCGCAGCCGAGGCGGCAGAAGAGAAACCCAAGGAGGAGGCGCAAGAGGACGACGCGGCCGCCGAACCGUCCACCCCAGCAGAAGCAGAGCCCACCACAACUGCCAGCCCCUUCGCGCCGACCGAUACCGAAUCUCCCACGCGACCAGGUGGCGCGACGUCUGAGUCCACAGCAGAGCUCGAGGCCAAACUCCUGGAGCUGGAGAAGGAGCUGGACGCUGUCAAGGGGGCAAGGGAUGAGGCCCAGCUGACGGCAGAUGCGCUGGAGAAGAAGGUCGUCUCUCUCGAGCUGCUGCACAAGGAGGACGAGUCACAGAUCAACCGCCUACAAAAAGACCUGGCCGAGGCCAAGAACGAGGCCGUCGACCUCAAGAACAAGCUACAGAAGUCCGAGGCCGAGGCCCUACGGCUGAGCAAGCAGGAGAACCAGGACAGGGGCGGCACCGACAACGACAACCUGGACGAGCUGGAGGACGAGGAGCGCAAGAAGCUCGAGGCGCGGAUACGGCAGCUGGAGGCGGAGAACACGGACCUCCAGAGGGGCAUCUGGCAGGAGAGGCGGCGCGAGAUGCAGCCACCCAUGGACGACGGCACGGGCCAGUUCACCAACGUUCCGCUGUCGCCGUCCACCGCGCGCAAGCAGGGCGGGUUCGGGGACUUCUUUGCCACCGGGCUCAACGCGCUCACCGGCGGCGGGGGCCACGAGCACCAGGAUGAGGAUGGGUUCCUGGACGACGACGAGGAUUUCGACGAGGACGCGUUCCGCAAGGCACAGGAGGAGACUGCCAAGGCCAGGAUCGAGAGGAUCAAGGAGAUCAAGAGAGGCUUGAAGAACUGGGAGGGUUGGAGGCUGGACCUUGUGGAGGGCAGGAGAGGCGGCGGCGAGGGGCUGGGGGAGAUAUUCGAGAUUUAA